UAGAUGCUCCCACUGAAAUACAAAUCUGUAAACAUACCACCAGGAGCACAGUAGACGACAGGACUGUAUCAUCUGGCAGCUAAGCAAGUAUAAGCACAGCGGUAAAUGAUAUACUUUGGAUAAUGAAGCAGAUUUUCGUAAUUUUGACUGCCUUUGUGGCAUAUUCGGCGGCAAGGAACGCGACACUUUACACAGUAGAGGAACCGAUUGAAGACCGGUAUAUAGUCGUAAUGCAGCCUGGGUAUGACAUGGUUCCGAUCAAGAAUCUUAUCCUAGGAGAUCGUUCAGGAAUCUUCAGUGGAGCCACCAUCAAGCACACCUACACCAAGGCCAUCCAGGGCUUCUCGGCUAAACUACCAGAAAGAGGUCUUAAAAAGCUGCUAGCCAGAGAGGAGAUUAAGUACAUAGCCCAAGAUGGUGUUGUUCGAAAGUCCUCCGUGGCAUCGUGGGGCUUAGACCGUAUAGAUCAGAACAAGCUACCUCUUGAUGGAAAGGCAGAUUUCAAUGGUGACGGUACAGGUGUGAAUGCAUACAUCGUCGAUACAGGUAUCUAUCCUGAUAGCCUUUACUUCGGGGGUCGAGCUACAGCUGCCUUCGAUGCUAUGCCCAGGCAGGGUGCUUACGGUAUCGACUGCAACGGUCACGGGACCCACUGUGCAGGAACUAUAGGAGCUAAUCAGUUCGGAGUGGCCCCGGGGGUUCAUCUCUUUGGAGUUCGUGUUCUAGAUUGCUACGGAACCGGAGCAACUGCCGACGUAAUAGCAGGUCUUGAUUACGUCACGAAAUCUGCCGAGCAGCCGGCCGUUGCUUCAAUGUCUCUUGGAGGUAGCUCUAAUCCAGCAAUAGAUGAUGCUGUGAGGGGUAUCAUCAAUGCUGGUAUCACUGUGGUAGUAGCCGCUGGGAACGUCAACGAUGAUGCGUGUUCAUACUCACCUGCUCGAGUUGAAGAGGCAAUUACCGUGGGUGCUACAGACACCAACGACGAUCGGGCAAGCUUCUCCAAUGACGGGAAAUGUCUGGACAUCUUCGCCCCUGGUGUUGACAUCCCCAGUGUAUGGAUAACCGGGCCAGAGGACACCCGUACACUCAGUGGCACAUCUAUGGCUUGUCCACAUGUUCCAGGUGCUGCAGCUAUAUCUCUGGGUAACGAUAGUGGAAUGUCGCCAUCGGAGGUGAAGACUAAGGUUCUGGAUGAUGCGACUAGUGAUGUGGUAACAGGCAUUUCACCUGACUCUCCAAAUCGUCUUCUUUACGUACCAUAG